AUGUGCCACCCUGCCAGGCGAUCUAAAAAGCCGGCUUGGACGGGCAUCAUCUUGAUAAAGUAUCCAGACUUGGCUGAGCCUCGGCUCGGAGGAGGGGAGAGCAAGAAGCGGGUUGAUGCGCCCCGCUGUUGGGACCGGUGUUUGCAACAUCACCAUCGCUUGGAGUCCAACCUCCUUUCUUUCCCUCCCUCCCCCCCUCCCCCUUCCUGUUCCGGAGGCAGCCUCCAAGGGUGUCUGAGAGUUUGUUCACACUCACAUGUCCCCAAAGUGCCAACCACUUGCAGUUGA